CUCUCAGAUGGACUCACUGUUUUUACAGGAUCCAUUUACUAAAGGAGGAAUAUCUAUUAUAUAUAAUAAAUUAUCACAGUUGGAAUGUGAUGUUUCAUUAGAGCAUUUAAGAGCAGCAUGGCAAGAAAAUCUUGAAAUAGAUAUUGCAGACUGGCAAUGGGAAGAAGCACAAGAAUGGGUUCACUCUUCUUCUUUGUGCAUUAGACAUGGUUUAAUACAAUUCAAGAUCUUACAUAGACUUCACCUGUCUAAACUAAAGCUCUCUAAGAUGUUUUCUGUUCAGAUGCAGUCAAACUGUUUUUUUUCUUUCCUUCUAUAUCAUUACCUGUGUUCAAAUAUAAAUAAUUUGCAUAUGGAAGAAUAUUAUUGCAUACUGUAUCAGCAAAGUGAAUUUUGUUGGAAUUUUUCUAUGUGCCAAUGUUAAAAACCAAUAAAGAGAAUGUUCAAAAAAAAAAAAAAAUAAAUAAAAUUGCAGACACACGUUUUUCACACGUCACUCAAACACUCAAACUCAUGCAGUAAAAUGGCAGAAGCCAGAAUUUCUCAGGAUGAGUUCAAGUGUCCAGUGUGUCUGGAUCUCCUGAAGGAUCCAGUGACCAUUCCCUGUGGACACAGUUACUGUAAGAGCUGUAUUACAGGCUGCUGGGAUCAGGAGGAUCAGAUGAGAGUCUACAGCUGCCCUCAGUGCAGACAGACCUUCAGUCCAAGACCUGCUUUAGUUAAAAACACCAUGCUGGCUGAAGUGGUGGAGAAACUGAAGAAGACUAAGCUUCCUGCUGACUGUUACGCUGGAGCUGGAGAUGUGCAGUGUGACGUCUGUACUGGAAGAAAAUACAAAGCCAUCAAGUCCUGUCUGGGGUGUCUGAACUCUUACUGUCAGAAUCACCUUGAAGAACAUGAGAGUUUCUUUAAAAGAAAGAGACACAAUCUGACUGAAGCCACUGGACGACUGCAGGAGAUGAUCUGCCAAACACAUGAUAAACUCCUUGAGGUUUUCUGCCGCACUGACCAGAAGUGUAUAUGUGUGCUGUGUACGAUGGAUGAACAUAAAAACCACGACACUGUAUCAGCUGCAGCACAGAGGACAGAGAAACAGAACCAGCUGAAGGAGACGCAGAAGUCGUUCCAGCAGAGGAUCCAGCAGAGAGAGAAAGAUCUUCAGCAGCUGAGAGAGGCUGUGGAGUCUCAUAAGAGCUCUGCACAGACAGCAGUGGAGGACAGUGAGAGGAUCUUCACUGAGCUCAUCCGCUCCAUUGAGAGAAGCUGCUCUGAGGCCACACAGCAGAUCAGAGAUCAGAAAAAGACUGCACUGAGUCGAGCCGAAGGACGACUGGAGCGACUGGAGCAGGAGAUCAAUGAUCUGAGGAGGAGAGACGCUGAGCUGGAGCAGCUUUCACACACACAGGAUCACAUCCAUUUCCUGCAGAGUUUCCAGUCUCUCUCAGCUCCUCCUGAAUCUACAGACGUAAAUGACAAUCCCUUCAGUUCUCUCUCCUCUUUUGAUGGCGUGAGAGAAUCUGUCCUUCAGCUGAGAGACAAACUGGAGGAUUUCUGCAAAGAGGAGCUCAAGAAGAUCUCUGACAGAGUCACUUUCACCAACAUUGUUCCCAGGACCAGAAACAACUUCCUACAAUAUUCCCAUCAGCUCACUCUGGAUCUAAACACAGCACAUAAAUACCUGUCUGAGAGGAACAGAGAGAUUAAAUCAACUCGCACAGAUCAGUUGUAUCCUGAUCAUCCAGACAGAUUUGAUUAUUAUCGUCAAGUGUUUUGUAGAGAGAGUGUGAGUGAUCGACGCUGUUACUGGGAGAUUGAGUGGAGUGGGUAUAAUGUGGCUAUAUCAGUGUCAUAUAAGAGCAUCAGCAGGAAGGGACGGGGAAAUGAGUGUCAGUUUGGAUGUAAUGAUCAGUCCUGGAGUUUGUUCUGCUCUACUGACAGUGACUUAUUCAUACACAAAAACAAAGAGACUGAACUCAAUGUAGAGUCCAUCAGCAGUAGAGUAGGAGUGUAUGUGGAUCACAGUGCAGGAACUCUGUCCUUCUACAGCAUCUCUGGAGACACAAUGAGCCUCAUCCACACAGUCCAGACCACAUUCACUCAACCGCUCUAUCCUGGAUUUAGGGUUUAUAAAGGAUCAUCAGUGAAACUGUGUUGAUGAAUCAGAACAGAUUCUAGAGAGAUUCUACCCAUAAUGCUUUGAGCUCAUGAUAAAUCAGUGACUGUCACACACUGGCUUGAAUAGAUAAUCCAAGAUAAGAGGCUUGACACAGAAAGACGAUGAACACUUAUAUUUAAUAAACACCAGCAGGAAACAUUAACACAAGACAAUGAACAUAAGAUGACUGAGGGUUUAAAGGGUUAGUUCACCCCAAAAUGUAAAUCCUGUUAUUAAUUACUCACCCCCAGGAUUAGUUCACUUUAAAAUGAAAAUCAGCCCAAGCUUUACUCACCCUCAAGCCAUCCUAGGUGUAUUUGAC